AAGCUGGUCACACUGCCGCAGACGGCCAACAUUUGGUGUAGUGUAUUUAAUAAGUGCAAAGACGACAGACAAACAUUUUCUACACUCCACAAUGUUGUUUAAAUCAAUUAUACCGCUGGCCAUUUGUGCGCUCACCUUCAGGCCAUUUUUGGCAGCCGCAUCAACGGACGAAUCAGCAAAGCCGGCCGAUGAGAAACAAUUCGCCGUUGAACUCGAUCCGGAAACAUUCGACGAGGCCAUCGGAGCCGGCAAUGUCUUUGUGAAAUUUUUUGCGCCAUGGUGUGGCCAUUGCAAGCGUCUGCACCCGCUGUGGGAGCAGCUGGCUGAGAUCAUGAACAUCGAUGAGCCAAAGGUGACCAUUGCCAAGGUGGACUGCACCAAGCACCAGACGCUGUGCGCCGACCAUCAGGUGACCGGCUAUCCGACGCUGCGUCUCUUCAAGCUGGGCGAAAAGGAGUCCGUCAAAUUCAAGGGCACACGGGAUCUGCCUGCCAUUACGGAUUUCAUUAACCAGGAGCUGAAUACACCAGCCGAGGAGGACCUCAGUGAGCAGCAGCUGCAGGAGGGCGGUGACAAGAAUCCCAAUUUGGGCAAGGUCGUUGACCUGACCGAGGACACGUUUGCCAAGCAUGUGUCCAGCGGCAAUCACUUUGUCAAGUUCUUUGCACCCUGGUGCAGCCAUUGUCAGCGCCUGGCACCCACCUGGGAGGAGCUGGCCACAGAGCUGAUCAAGGAGCCGGAUGUAACGAUUUCGAAAAUCGAUUGCACACAAUAUCGCAGCAUCUGCCAGGACUUUGAGGUCAAGGGCUACCCCACGCUUCUCUGGAUCGAGGAUGGCAAGAAGAUUGAGAAAUAUGCCGGUGCCCGUGACCUGACCACGCUGAAGAGCUACGUGGAAAAGAUGAUCGGUGCUCCCAGCACCAACAACAACGACCUGGACGAUGCGACCAAAGAAGCGCAAGAUGAGGCCAAGAAGCAAACGGUGCAGCAGCUAAAUGGCAGCGAGGAGUUCGAGAAGGCCAUCGCCGAUGGCAUUGCCUUCGUCAAGUUCUAUGCGCCGUGGUGCGGACAUUGUCAGAAGCUGCAGCCCACCUGGGAGCAGCUGGCCACAGAGACGGUAGGCAUUGUGAUUGCCAAGGUCGAUUGCACCUCGCCGGACAACAAGGAGAUCUGCGUCGACCAGCAGGUCGAGGGCUAUCCGACGCUCUUCCUCUACAAGAACGGCAAGCGCCAAAACGAGUACGAGGGCAGUCGCUCGCUGCCGGAGCUGCAGGCGUACGUCAAGAAGUUCAUUGGCCACGACGAGCUGUGAGCUGUACAUCAGCAUGAACGCCGAAACCAGCUCCAACACCAACAUCAUCUACAUCAAAUGGUGAACAAAUCCAGAUACGGAAUCACAUGCGAAUGUUAUAAACAAAAUGGAAUGCAGUUGCAGCCUCUGUGAGGGAAGUGUAGUCAUCCAUUUAGACAAAAAGAAAGAUAGAAAGAACAUAAAUCAAUCAGAAAUAAUAAUUAAAAAAUCUAAUUAAAAUUAAAUGAUCAAAACAAAAACAAUUAAAUGUACGCCACAAAUGUAAAUCUGUUUGUGUUGUGACUGUCCUAUUCUGUUUGCUGUGCAUUAGCUUCCUAUGUAUUUUUUUGUCUUUUUUUUUUUUUUUUUGUAUUGUUUUGAAAAGUUUUGUUCACAUGUGCCAAAUAUUCAAUUGCAAUUUAACUAAUAUAUGUAUUUCUCUGACAACUUUGAUAUUGUAUCGUGAAUUUAAUAUUAAUUAAUUAUGAUGUAGAGAAAUAGGCAUAUAUACAUAAUACAUUUGUAGAAAUCCGGCAUAUUUGAUCUCAACUUGAGACAUUGAAAACCAAUUUGUUCACUUUGUUGUUUAUCAUUUAUAAUUUCUUGUUUUAAAACAAUUCCUAAAAUUUAUAUAUAUUAAAGAAUCCAAUAAAGACAAUAAGGACUUUAA